AUGUGCAACCGCACAAGAGUACUCUUAACGUCACGCAUUCAUGAAGUGCUGCAAAAUCUCGGUCCUUCAAAUCCAGUCAUGGAAGAGAUCACGCGUCACGCACUCUUCUGUCGUGAUCAUACGCACUCGUUUCAGGGUCGCGCUGAUAUUUUACAGACCGUUGACAAAUACCUUAGCGGCCCUGAUCCCAUGAUGCCCUUAGUGAUCUAUGGUGAGUCAGGAGUUGGAAAGACGUCGCUGAUGUCCAAGAUUGUCAUGGAAACACAAACAAAGAGCAAAGAGAGAAAUCUCGCAGUCAUGUAUCGGUUUUGUGGAACAACACCAGACUCAUCUACUGGUAAGAUAGUCAUUAUAUACCUAUUUUCCAUUCUCUAUUCAUCUUCCCCACCCCUACCCUCUUUCGCUGGCGGUCAAUAAAUCCCCCGCACUCGCCUCCCGGUAAUGUGGCCCGGGUUUAAAUGCCGGGGCCUCGAUGCUAUAUGUGGGUUGAGUUUGUUGUUGGUUCUCUCCCUUGCUCCGGGAGGUUUUUCUCCGGGUACUCCGGUUUUCCCCUCUCCUCAGAAACAACACCUCCAAACUACCAAUUCGAUCUGGAACGCACGGACAGGUUUCAAGGAGUUCAUAAGAACUCCUAAGUGCUUCGUGGGUAAACAAAUUACAAUACAAUUACAAUCCAAUUCUAUCAUGCGCGCUCAACGGACUUUGAAGAGAAAAUAGAGUAUCUGUGAACAGGCUAUUUCUUGUUGUUAGGAGGCAUGCAAUUACCCGUGUACGUAAUACAAAAUCAACAAUACCCACACCACAAAAUCGCUAGCUAACAGAAGUUUCUGUAACACCAAGGAACUCUACUCCUGAUCACGAGGGGGAAGAGUCCAAUGUCUCCUGCUAACCUCUCACGAAGCCACAUAAAUAAGGAUGGCUAAAAGCGAACUGAGGCUCGAUAAAAAUAUGCAGCUGCUAGAUCCUACAGCUUGAACGUUAUUGUGUAUUAAGUCUUAAAGAAUUAACUGAUUAUGAAUCCUUAAACUCUUUCAGGUAGAGCUCUCACGGAGAGCUUCUGUAAACAAAUAAAACUCGUUUACAGCAUCAGUGAACAAGUCCCAGAAGAUUACAAAACCUUGUGUGAGGCCUUCCCUAAAUUUCUGAAACAUGCGACGGAAGAAAGACCGCUGUGCAUAGUGAUCGAUUCUUUAGAUCAGUUAACUGAUGAGGACGGCGCGAGGCGCUUCUUAGAAUGGCUUCCGCGUAAGUUACCUGCGCAUGUGCAUAUGAUAAUAUCUACUCUGCCAGAGGAGGGUGGCUGUAUGCAGCGAUUAAAGGCGUUUGGAAUCCCAGCUGGACAGUUUUUACAGGUAAAUGAAAGUGGGUAAAAUCAGUUGUUACGACUGUGGUGAAAGGUAAAACGUUGUUUCAAGUGAAUUAUGCAAAUGAUCGAGGUUUUUUUUAUUUUAUUUCUUUAUCAGUAAGACGUUGUGUGGGAAUACACAAUUCAUUUGUCAGCCCGGUUGACAUAAUUUGCUAUUCAUAAGCUUGUUUAAAGCAAUUGCAAUCUUUCAAUCCUUGACAUGAUACGUCAGUUGUUUUGUCGUUACAUUUUUCCACCUCUCUUUGUCUCUGUUCUUGAUGAGACGCUCACUCAGCAAACUCCUAUAAGACUACAGAUUGUGGGAAAAAAUAGUUUCCAAUAAACUGAUAUUUGUUGUACACGGGACAACUUUAUAAUCCAUGAAAUACAGAUUGUAUUAUAAUCAUUGUGAAUCUAGGUGGCACGUCUCGACAAGCAUGAUGGACCUGUCAUUCUAGACGCAUGGCUUCAAGCAGUCAACAGGACGCUGACCCUCAAACAGCGGGCGUUUGUCUUAGAAGCCUUCGACAAAUGUCCACUUCCUCUGUAUUUACACCUCCUCUUUAACAAGUGUCGAUCGUGGCCUUCAUACAAGUAAGAGCUUCUCGAUCAAGUUACAGCUAUCAGUAAUAUUGUACCCUGUGUACAGCCGCCCCCUCCCUUAAACGGAAUGCCCGAUUUUGUUUGAGGGGAGGGGCCGUGCUAUUUUAACGCGUAGCCGUAUAAUUCCUCUUUAAUUUUGUUCUCCUUCAUCCUCGUCCUAGUUCUACAACCAACAUCUGAGCAAAGAACAGACCUCCGGUUAUAAAAGUGACAAAAUCCUGCUUAUACAGCGCAUUACUGCAACACUUUGGCUCUUGUAUUUAAACUAGCUAUUCAUAAAGGAGAUUGUUAAGUAAAACUUGCGCUAAACGUAAUUGGUAAGAAGUGAAGGGAUCAUCAAAAUACUUUAAUUAUCAGGUGUAACUUGUUUUUUCCCUUUACUCUUGCAAUCAGAUAAAAACACAAAUUCAAAUUAGAAUUGGCACUUGCUCUCAGGUUUAAAGGCUAUCGCAAAUUACUGCACUAAUCAGAUCUCCAAAAAGGAACAGAUAAAUACCUGCCAGCAAAUCAUGACUUGUUCGGUAUUUUAUUCCUAAUUAAUUCAAAGUGGCAUUACGAUUCGUUUUAACCAAUCAAUGCAAGGAAAUGAAGAAAUGCAAUACUCGGCAAUACAAGCGCAAAUAAGGAAUAACCUUCAAUACUCUGCUGGCAGCUUAAAUUGCAUUUGUUUUAAUUCCAGAGAUACCGCUGAUAUCGUUCUUGAGGCUGAGGUUAUUGGCAUGAUAUACUCUCUAUAUGAAGACCUCGAAAAGUAUCACGGCAAAAUGCUUGUGUCAAGAGUCCUAGGUCUGCUUGCUGCCGCGACGGAUGGGAUGAAUUCAGACGAUGUUCUCAACAUACUGAGCUGUGACGAAGAACUUCUCAAGGACGUGUUGGUUUGGCACGAGCCACCGAAGCGCCGCUUACCACCCCUACUACUGGCUCGUCUGAAACACGACCUGGGUCCUUUCUUAGUAGAAAGGGGAGCCUUUGGAGUGUCACUGCUGGCACUAUUUCACAGGUAUUGCCGUGUCUUGUGUACUAGGACUACUGAAACGAAUAAUGCCCCUUUACGACCUACGUUUUGAACUUCCAUCGGUGUUGGAAACAAUUUCAAAAUUGUAAUUACCUUCUGUCAAAUGUCAGGGCCAAAUCUGGGGCCAUAAGGUUGAUCAACUAAAACGUAAUUUUUCAGAAAUACCGAGUUUUAGGGCUACAAAUUCUUCCAAGUUAAAUAGACAAACGAGGUUUUAAAAGUUUGAGCAAACUGAUCCAAUUAACUUUCUCAAAGAAAUCCUCCCUUGCACCUGUUGAAAGCUUUUUAAUUGGUCUGUUUGCAGACAAUUUAUAGAGGUCGCAAGAGAGAAGUAUUUAAAAGGGUUUCGUCACAAAGAAACACACAACAGCAUCGCUGACUACUUUUCUGGGGAGUACCACAAGAAAUAUGGAAACGAGCGUAAAAUCCCUGCCCAGCCUCAUGCAUACUCCGCGGUAGCUCUUAACCUGAGAAAACUAGACAGACUACCAGUCGCUUUGCUUGAGUCGCGUGACUUUGAAAGGCUGCGAAGUACUCUUGGAGAUUUGAGAUUUGUUCAAGCUAAGUGCAUGGCAGGAAUGGGAUAUGAACUUCUGGCAGAGACCACCAGAGCUGUGAGUUGUGCGGUUGAUGAAUACGUUGACAAUGAGGUGAGAUUAGAUAAACUUUGAGAAUAUUUUCACCAUCGAUAGUUGAUAGUCACUUUGCUAUUUAUCGCGACUUUUAGACCGCGUAGUGGUUAUAUUCAUCAGGAGAUGGUGUUAAAGUACUGAGUAGAACCUCUUACGACUACCAUUUUCACGUAGCUCAUAAUACAACUUGUUUACUUCUGCAACAUAAAAGUUGUUAAUUAGCAAAUUAACACUGUAGUCUGUUGUUUUGUGAUUGUUACAUUACGGACCUUCAUCAUAGUUUGUGAGUUUCGAUCCAAAGUAUUGUUGGCUUUGUUAGUUUGAGAAACUGUUCUAUUAGCGCUCCAUCGUUGUACGGAUCAGCUUCUGUGUGUUGUCUGAUUAACGGUAUCACGUUGGAAUCUCAAUUCAACUGCCUCUAUUGGUUGUCGUAUCCUUGCGAAAGAGCCGUAGAAAAGAUAGCUCCGUUAUAGUAAGACAUUUGACAAAUUGGGUUUUUGUGCAGCGCUUUGUUUUUCAAGGAUCUUAUGCAUACUUCUAAACGCUUUUGUUUACAGAUCGUUGAAGAUCUUCAGGACAUCUUGGGAUUUCUCCGCAGUGAAAUCCACAUUUUGAGUAGAACACCAAUCCUGACGUACCAACAAGCUGCAACAUAUCCCCAACACCAAUGGGUUGCACAACAAGCCCAGCGCAUGCGCCAAACGUUUGACCAGCCAGACCCUGACAACAUCCCCACACCAGAGGGGUGGGUCGAGUGGAUAAACAAGCCUCAAGUUCCAGAGGCCUUUGAGCUUGAACUCAGUGGUCACUCAAAAAGCGUUCUUUCAACGUGCUUUGCAAAAGACAACAGGACGUUGUUGUCUGGAUCAGCCGAUGGGACCAUCCGUGUUUGGGACAGUCAAACAGGCGAGUUGCACGCCCAGCUUGAGGAUCAUCGAGGACCUGUAACAUGUGUGAGACUGUCACCAGAUGGCAACGUGAUGGCGUCUGCUUCUGCUGAUAAAACCAUUCGAUUAUGGAGAUUUCCAGCCAAUGAGUGUUUCAAGUUAGUAUUAUGCAAAUCAGUCAGUUUUCUACCUUUUCUGGCUUCCCUCAUAUAGGCAUUAACUCACUGUUGACUAUUAUUAUAAUAGUCUUAAAAUUUUAAACACAAAAGAAAAUAGAUUUAAUGCACCUUCUAGCGCCAAAGUUUUGAUGAUUUAUCUGUCUCACAUAGGACACCGAAGAAGACUAGCAGAGAUUAGAGAACCGAGUCACGCAGUAAAAAAUGCGUCAGUGAUUCACAAGGUCAAAAACUGAGAAGAAAGUCAGUGGACUAUUUUGACCUCGAGGUUUCACUAUAAGAAUUAAGGUUAAAAACAACGACGUUUCGACAGUUCUAUGGUCAUUUUCAAGUUCAGAAGUAAAAAAUUAGCAAGUGCUUAUACAAAAUUGUAAAAAGGCUCAGUGAGAUACUGACUUAAAACUCUAAAAUAUUUGCACAGAACUAUUACAAGAAAAUCACAGCGUGAAUGAUAAAAGAAAGUUAACGCUAUGAAACUAAAAGGUCGUUCUUUUUGACGUUCAUUUUUAUAGUGAAAUCAGUUUCGAAAAAUUUGUUGACUCGAAACCUCGAGGUGUUUGACACUGUGAGGAAAUAUUUUGUCGAAUGUUGGAUAUUAAACAAAAAAUAUUUAGAAGGCGAAAGUUAGGGAUGCAAAAAUAAAACGGCACUCAUUAAACAAAGAUUUCUUUGAGCUUCGCUGCUGUCGCUUUCAAAAAACGGGGGGCAGAAUGUGUUCAUAAUGAAUUGAAACGCAGUUUGAAAAACUUGAGCUGUUUGCGUAUAAUUUCUUCCAAAUAACAUUUUGUGAAUGUGGCAGAAUACUUCAAACUAAAGUUAUACAAAAGUACUUAUUAACUUCUGGUGAAUGUUUUAAGGAUCAUCCAGGGACAUGAAGAUCGAGUGACAUGCAUUGCCUUUUGCAAAGACGGAGAUAAGUUGCUGUCUGCUUCCAAAGACAAGAGCCUGAAAAUAUGGGAUGUGAACACUGGAGAGAACCUAGGAACGCUCCUGGGCCACAAAAGCUUCCCAAUGUCGUGCGCCUGGUCUCCGCUGGAUGAGUCAGUUGUUGCUUCAUGUGGAGAGCAACUGGAGCUCUUCAUAUGGGACCUCAGUAACAUGUCCAUCAAACGGACCUUGCAAGGACACCAGCGAGACGAUAACCCAAAUUUCCCCAUUAAAGACGCUUUAGAGGGCCAUGAAGAACUCGACUACAAAUCCCUUGUUUGGUCGGUAUGCUUCUCUCCUGAUGGAAAGUACCUCGCUUCCGCGUGCGUCGACAGUGACGUCAUCUUGUGGGAUGUAACGACAGGGAUGAGAAUUUGUACUUUUAAUCUCCCAAAUGACGCCUCGACGAUCGCUUUCGUCCAAACUGAUCACGGCACGCGAUUAGCUGCAGGAUCUUCGGCCCAUCAUACUGUCACUCUGUUUGAUGCAACAUUUGAUGACAGAAGUGAUGAAAGCGUCAGCAGCAGUUCCAGGACCCUAGCUUUGCUGGGCGGCCACUCCGACUGGGUGCUGGAUGUCGCGUUUAAUGGCGAUGGAACUCGGCUAGCGUCGGCGGCUCGCGACAAAACUGUUCGUGUCUGGGACGCAACAGCAGCGGAAAAGUUACGGGAGGCACGUUUCCAUUCUGAACGCUGUUGGAGCGUCGCGUACUCUGAUGACGGGAAAUGGUUGGCUUCUGCCUCUGAUGACUUUAAAGUAAGAGUUAGUAGUUGUCACGGCAACGUCACUCUUGAGUAAAAGUAACUCAAUUCUUUCCAAAUUCAUCUAUACUAGAGGGUAAUUUAGUAAAGCAUUAUCAAUCUUUCUGACUGCAUUCUAGAGUAGUCGUUGUUAUAAACCCAAUAGCAAACUCAUUACGCCCUAAAUCAAUAGAGCGCCUGUAAGGGCGUUAUCCUAUAGGAUUAACAUUUUAUCUUGAGUUUCGGUUUACUAUCUUAUUGACCGUUUUGAACUGUCAGUUUGAAUUAACAAGGUUGGAACUGGAAAAAUCUAUUGACUGCAGCUCUAGAUGAGGAAUUUAGUUAAACAUUUAGCUUAUCCCUGAGUAUAGUUAAUUAUCUUUCUAGUGAUUCAGGCUUGGUCUGAGAAGAAUAGAUCAUACUUAGUAUAUCUGCGAUGGUAGACUGUGUCUAGCUAUAGCUUACAGACGUCGAGUCGGAAGUGGGAUAAGCGGUUCAAAUGCAACUGAUAUUCUGAUAAUAUUCCUUAAACGACCCAUGAUGACCUCAAGCUAUAGCAGUUUCAGGCCGACAACACAAAGGUUACUUUCCAUAGUCCAGGUCGUCACGAAAUCUUUAUAGUUGCUGGGUAUUGCAGACUGUUUCCCGCUAAAAAGGAAAAGUUUCAAUUCCAUUUAUGCCAUUCAGGAAUAUACUAAUUUGGAUGGACAGUCCUAAUUAAUAGUAAUAUAUAGAUUUAGCCAGGGCUAAAAGCGAAGCUCUGAUUAAUAAUACUUGCAAACAACCAAAAAAUUAAAUCGUGUAAUGCUAAACGGGGAGGGCAAAUGAAAAUGGCAUCAAGAUCAAUAGAUCUAAUUAGGAGAAAAACAAAUUGCACGAGCAGCACACUUUUUUUCUAAUUAGCAAAAAAACAAAUUUGCACGUGCAACACGCUUUUUGUCUUUCUUCGCCGUUGUUUUGCACAACUGCAACGCUGUUUUUGAGGACUAAAACAUCAAAAUUCCUAGUUACACACUAUUUUUAUGGAGGAAUUGUCGUACAUGUAUGUGUUUAACCCAAUAUUUUGUCUUCUGUGUUCAUGUUCGCUUAUAUUUUUCACUGCCGCUCAUUUUCACCUUGCUGGCCGCGAGCAUUUCUCAUUAGGGCCAUUUAUACGAGGGAAAAUAAGACGCGUCUUACAUAAGACGCGAACUGUACCAUUUAUACGAGCAUGUCUUAUCUAUAAUAAGACGCGUCUUAGCUAAGCCGCGUCUUAUUUUAGACGAAAUGUGCCGUUUAUACGGAAAGUUCGCGUCUUAUUUAAGACGCGUCUUAUUUUUCCUCGUAUAAAUGGCCCUAUUGUCUCACAGCCGCUUUGAAUUUUCAUGUUUUUCUUCCUACAAAAUUCGUUUCUUUUGUUUUCAAUCACUCGCUCUAGCUCUUUCUCUGUUAUCCACGUGAGUGUAAACAUAAAAAAUAACGUCCAAAAAGACACUACUUCGUUGUUGUUUUUUCUUUCUAAAGGUGCGAGCGGCCAUGCGAUUUCUUUCCAAAUAAAACCUUGAGUUGCAUUUGAGUUGCCAUACCUGUUGAUUGAAUUAUUUUACAUGGGUAUGCCUGUGGUGCGGACGGACGGUCGGGCGGUCGGUCGGCCGGUGUACGUUCACGUGAUUACCAAAUUUUCCCGGAUGGGUAGUUUACCACAUUUUUUUUACCCAUGGUGCUGUGCGCGCUUCGCGCGCCAGAGCUCCGCUAUAAACCUCGUUGUGAGUGCACCGAUCUGGCCUGCUAUUUUCGACUAUAAUAAUCUUUCUAAAUAGCCCUUAGACUCGCGCUUCUUAAGCCUCUUUGACAAAGGGACUACUCAGAACUUCGUUACUUUUCUUAUGCGUUGACUUUACUCUGCAGGUUUGCGUGUGGAACAUGGAGACCAACGAGGUUUCACUGAUCUAUGAGGGGCACGAACAGAAGAGAACGUUUUCUUGUGGAGUGCGGGCCUGUACGUUUUCAAGGGACUCAACCGAGGUGGCCAGCGGUGGGGACGAGCUCAAAAUUCGUAUUUGGUCACGAGAAACUGGUAAGGACAACAUCGUGCUGCACUGCGGCGAGUCCAUGCUGCCUUGGUGCCUACGAUUUUCUUUGGAUGACAAGCGGUUGAUCUCUGUGGGUGAGUUUACCAAUGGCGCCAUUGUUUGGGAUUUAGAAACGCAAAGCAAGAUUACGAUUUUGGGAGGUCACGACCGUUUCUGCCAGUACAGUGAAUUCUCGCCUUUAGGGAAUUUCAUCUUGACCAGUUCCAUAGACAACUCAGCUAGAAUAUGGAACAGCGUCAGCCUCGAGCACGUGACUACAGUGACACAACCUGACUGGGUGACCUGUGCCACGUUUUCUCACAACGAGAAGCUGUUAGCCACGUGUUCAAAGGACGAGUUGGUUCGCUUGUGGGACACCAGCUCUUGGCAGGAGCUCUGUGCAUUAGCAGGGCACGCGUCUGAGAUAAGGAUGGUCAGUUUUUCGCCUGAUGACAAGCUCCUUGCGAGUGGGGCCUUAGAUCAAACCAUUCGCAUUUGGGAUUGCAAUACUCGUCAUCAGGUUCAAGUGUUCUACGCGGCCUCUGGAAUUUGGGGGUUGGCAUGGCACCCAGACAGGUGCGAUUUGCUCACGGCUGGUGAUGCUGUGGGGUAUCUGUACUUCUUGAAACUUCACCAUCGAAACAAGAAAAAAGAGGUUAUUAAAGAGUAA